CCAUGAAAAUCAAUCGCAGCGGCGGCCCAUCCCACAGCCGAGUAGGAGCGAGCGCCGGCACUGUGGCGGUGUGCGACAGCGUAGUCCUCCCGCUGCCGCUUUUCUAUCGUUUUGUCUCUACUAAAACUCAAGUGCUGUGAGAGUGUACUGCCAAAUUGUGCGUGUAGUCGCCUCCAAACGUACUGUCUUCAUUAUUUGUGCAGUGUGCGCGUGUAAGUAUAGUUACGACUGCUUUUCUGCACGAAUACAGCCACGUCUUAAAGAAAGAGGAGCUCCCACUUGUGGCCUUGACAACUGAUGGAAAUGUGAAGCCCAAGAGACGGAGAUAAUCUGCGCCGUGGAGAUGCUCUUAGUUGCCUUUUUGUGCAAUUCUUCGGAAAGUGUGACGUGCCAUGUGGGAACAUUGAGAUUUUGUAGACGCUGGCUUUGGGAGGUCGUACUAUCGCGAAGAGAAAGCUUGUGUCACGGAAAUGCAGGAUACGCGCUGGCUCUUCGCUGCGUUGAAAGAGAAACGGCAGAGGCCAUUUAGCUCGGAGGCGACAGCACGUCCGCUCCUGCGUUCUGUACAUUCCUCGGUAAUGUAGAAGCUACCAUUUCGUCGGUGGGCGCCUCGUUUGCACCUUAAUUUGACCCUCGGCUGACAGUAGUGCCUGCGUGUGCAAAAAUGGCCACUGUGCAUCUAUUCAUGCACAUGCUUGUUGCUGCGUGCUCUUUCACCAUGCUGAGCACACAAGUUCAGGGUGAAGUUUUCACCGCUUUGGUUGACCUCGAGAAUCUUCUGCACACAGAAGGUGCCAUCGUCCAGACGCUUCAGCGUUACCUGGACGCUGAAGAAGAUAGACUAGAAAAAAUUAAAAAGCUUAGGCAUGAAUUCAGCCAGCUGCACAAGGCUGCCAGUAGAGAUGGUGAUGAGUUCGUCUCCAAUCCUGUCAAUGCAUUCCUGCUUGUAAAGAAGCUCACUGCCGAUUGGAAGACUGUCUCAAGACUUAUGUUGAACACAGAAGGAAAGGCAAUGGUGGACAACAUAACACGCUCUAGCAACCUGCGCUUCCCAGAUGAGGAGGACCUCACAGGAGCAGCCGUUGCUUUGCUCCGGCUGCAAGACACAUACCGCUUAGACACAGCAAGCCUGGCAAAGGGCCGCAUCCAAGGUGUUACCAGGCCAUCCCCAGAACUUUCUGCGGGUGAUUGCUUUGAGCUGGGCCGGCAGUCAUACAACAAUGAAGACCACUACCAUACAGUAUUGUGGAUGCAAGAGGCACUCGACAGGGUUGAUGAAGAAGUGGACAAAACUGCUGACAGAACUGAAAUUUUGGAGUACCUGGCCUUCUCCACUUUUCAGCAAGGAAAUGUUCAUCAUGCACUUAAGCUGACAAAUGACUUGCUCGCUGCAGUUCCGGACCAUCCCCGUGCUCCGGGGAACAAGCGGUACUAUGAGGAUACUUUGGCAAAACGAGAGCAGUACAAACGAGGAGAUGACGGCGAUGUCUCUGAAGAUAGCAUUACUUUGAAGAAGAGGUCACCGCUUCCAGACGCUGACUCUGAACGUGGCAUCUAUGAAAGGCUUUGCCGUGGAGAAAAGUUUCCACCAUUAUACCAUGACCGGGAGCUGACAUGCCAGUACCGUACUAACAACCGGCCAUAUCUGCUGCUACAACCAGCCAAAGAAGAAGUGAUGUUCCCAAAGCCACGAAUUGUUGUUUACCAUGAUGUUUUGUCUGAGCAUGAAAUGAAUGUCAUCAAGACACUUGCACAACCACGGCUGAGGAGGGCGACAGUGCAAAACUACAAGUCUGGAGAGUUGGAAACUGCCAGCUACCGUAUUAGCAAGAGUGCCUGGCUGAAAAAUGAAGAGCAUGGUGUAAUAGCCCGUGUCACCCGAAGAAUAGAGGACAUCACAGGGCUGACUGCAGAUACUGCUGAGGAGCUUCAGGUGGUCAACUAUGGAAUAGGUGGCCAUUAUGAGCCCCAUUUUGAUUUUGCCAGGCGAGAAGAAAAGAAUGCUUUUCAAAGCCUUGGGACGGGCAACAGGAUUGCGACGUGGCUCAACUAUAAAAAAGGCAAGCAAAAACUACCACCGCACUUGUCAAAUGGCAACCGGGUUUCCACGUGGCUUAACUAUAUGAGUGAUGUAUCUGCUGGCGGUGCAACAGUCUUUCCUCAGCUGAGAUUGACCCUUUGGCCAGAAAAGGGUGCUGCUGCUUUCUGGUACAACCUGCAUCGUAGCGGUGAGGGGGACAUGCUGACUCGGCAUGCUGCCUGCCCAGUCCUUGCUGGCUCAAAAUGGGUCUCAAACAAAUGGUUCCAUGAAAGAGGCCAAGAGUUCCUCAGGCCAUGUGGCACACGCAUCAACCAGUGACAAGUGACACAAGCCCAAGUUUAGCGGUGGCAGAGCAGUUAUGUGGAGUGCUGACUUCUGCCCCAGCCAGGCUGCCUGAAGCCAGCACAAGACAAGCUAAGCGCUUACUCCUCACUGGGAACAACGUACAACUCUGUGCCUUUACAGUUCAGCAUCGUCUCCUACCAUCAAAGCCCACAUAUAUUCUUGCCAUUGUGUAACACAUGCAGCUUUUGCUAUCCAGUUUCGGAGUGUUACUUUUGUCAGGCCUUUGGCUUACAUUUUGCAUUGUUCUUUGUCAUUGAAAUUUAUUGUGCAGGCCACAAUAUAAUGAACAAAAAGGCCACAUCUGAACAAAAUGUUUCUUUCUAUUUCUUCUUUUUGGAAACUGAAUCCCCAUGUGUAAUUGCAUUUAUGCCAUAAGCUCUGUCAAGAGACAAUACAGUCAAUACUCAGAAAGGAGUGUGAGCUUUUACUGUGCCAUGUUUGCGAAUAGGCGUUCUAAUGUUUAUGUAGUCCUCAUAAUAAGCUAUUACACCAGAAUAUGUUCUUCUGCAAAGGAUAACAGCUAUUUUAGUCCUGUUCAUCUGUUAUGUGCUGUGUUUUUAAGUUACAAUCUACUUUAGAAUCUCAGUGAUCCAAACUUUGUUAGACCAGAUUUUGAGUGCUACUGAAAAGGCAUGCAUUGGGCCCAAUAGUGAGUGUUUGCAAUAACGAACUUGAAACAGCCAGAAUGUCAAGCAACAGCCGCUGCGCCAAUGAAAGUUGUUGCACAACCACCCUCAAAUAUAACAUGUGAUUUUUACUCAUGUGGUUAAUCCAGCAGUAAAGUCAUGUUAAAAUUCUUGUAAGGGUGUACCAAAGUAAAAAUUCCUUGAAUUAGCACCUAGAGCCUAGCAAUUAUUAAAAUGUUAGUGUGAUGGUUCGAGCAGCUAGAGACACGCUGUCCUGUGCUGUCUACCUGCUGGAACCACCACACUGUCAUCACGCACCAACAGGCCCAGAAAACCACCUACUUAAUUAUUAAAAUAUAUUCAUGCUGUGAUUGAUAGCAUGCAAGGUAGACUGUAGUUACAGCAUUCAAGGCUGCAUAUAGCUGGUGCAGGUAACUGUUUCAUGGUUUUGCGCCUUUCAUUGGUCACAAUGUUCCAAUACGUAGCAUGCACUGGAUGUCAGCUCCAAUCAUGCAUCCUCCAUUGCCGCGCGCAUUCUUCGUGGUGCCAGUGCUCGUCGUUGUACCACGCGGCAUAUUAUGUGCACUGUGUGCCUUUUCCUUGUGGUUGUGCAUUAAUGACGUGACAGAAUUCUUGAGGAUGGUCCCGCAUGCUUUGAUGAACUUGUGGACCUGACGCACGCUUGAUAGGGAGAGAAAAUUGCCAUGUAUGACAGGAUCUACCUAUUGGCCUCGAGGGCCACCACAGGAGAGACCAGCGCUGCUAUUGCAAUGAUGUAGAAAGUGACAUCUUGUGACACGUGUUUGUGCCUUUGCCACAGCCAACGCAGCUCGCUGGGUGGGCUAUUGAAGCCUUGAUUCAGGCAGUAAUUUAGUUGUCCACUCUUACAGCUUGGUUUACUGCUCGGUGCUGCAGUGCCAGACAUACUUGACCGGUGGGAGUUUUCACGCGUACCCCAAAAUGAAGCAGUAGCGAAAUGCCUGGCCGAUAAAGUCACUGAAAAUGAAAUAAUAUGGUGAUCGUAAGAUUCAAGCAAGCAAUGCACACAUGGCUUGUAGCAUGCUCACUUGAUAUCACAUCAGUCAAAAUACUCUGCGCAGCAAUGCAUGCAACUUGCAUGCCUGCACAUGGUGGAAGCGUGGAUUGAGGCAACAAAAAUAUAAGCGGUUGAUAUUCCACGUAUUGUAAUAGGCUGAUGAUAAAUCAUCGUCUCGCAAUAAUUCUGCCGAAAGUGACAAGCUGCCCUCCCUGCAACGAAUGCUGUGAACAGCACUGUUAUUCCGGCAAAAGUGCAUAUAGCUACUUUUGUGAAAGAUCAUGCGAACUGAAUAGCUAAUGUGAAAGCAUCAGGUUGCUCACUCGCUAAAAAUCUUUGUUGCCCUACGCACUAGACUGGGAUGUACGCGCUAGGUUGUUAUGCAGCCAAGAUGCCAAACAUGCAACGCCCAAAAUAUUCGAACGCUCAGAAUGAACUGUGGCUGAACUGCUGGGGACGCCAAAUACUUCACAGCUGGAAUCGCAUUAUGCCCCUUUCUAUGUCACGGAGAUUCCAGCGGAUGGCACCAUGGUAUGUCCUUGAGGCCAAUAUCAACUCCUAGAUGCUACAGUCUUGUGGUAUUGACACAGGCUCUGUACAGAGAUAAAAUUAUGUGCGACGGCAUCAAUCCAUAUCAACUAUCAGGUGCUACGGAGCCUACUGCCAGGUGUCAUGCACGUUAACAUUAUACAUUGUCUUGUCAAAUGGUUAUGUUUGUUAUGCUUGUUUGUUGUUUACCAGUUACGCCUGCAGACAAGAACAUUGUUCGGUGUUUUCAAGUUCUUUCUGUUGAUCUGCACAAGCCAUGUGCCUUGCCGCUUCUCGGAUAGCACCUUGGUGUGGUCACACUGGUUUAUUAUCGCCUUCGGCAGGCAUUAUGUGCUUGGUCCCUUUUCAUUUGACUUGCAUUUGCUUCCAAUUCGGCAGCCAAAUAUCACACAAAUCGCGAUUGCGAUGGUUUUGAUGAGGAAUGCAAAAGUCACAAACUCAGUCCUGUGAGGAUGUCAACAAUUUGUCCGCUGCCAUGUGCUCGGUAAUGGUGGCACCAUAUCCCACAGUUCUACACAACAAUGUGCAUAUAAUCUAUUCAUACAGUAGAAGCUCAUUGAUGUUUCUGUUCAUGUUUUGCCAGCCUUUACUCUCUCAAAUACCGGUACUGUUUAGUUCCCAUAGAUUUAUGUAUUAGCUUCCCGUUUGUUACGUUUCUCCUUCCGGUUUUUUCAUCCAAAAACUACCACUGACGCAACCUAGUUCAGCAACUGCGCCUACGUUAAGCAUGCUAUAGCAUGAAUAGGAGCCCAUGUCGCCUAUUAUGAGUACACAUCCUCCAAUGAUGGUGGUGGGACAUUUGAACCACUGAGUGUGUUGGACAUUGUUGCAGAUCUCAACUCUUUUUUUAUCCCAGUUUCAACUGAAAAUGCUGAACCCUAUAUAUAUAAUAAAGUGAGCUAAAGCAAUGCACUAAUGGAUUCCUUCUGUUUACUUCCUUGUUGCUCAUGCUCAAGAACUGCUCAGUCAUAGAUAAUUCAGUAGACAUUUGAAUAUCCAGCUUUGACGUUGGCAGGCAUUAAUAAUGCCAAUGUAUUUAGAAGACAAUAGUGCAAAUAGCAACGGCUCUGCAUUGAUAUGUUGUCACUGACAAUUGGUACGCCCAGCCAAAACUCAAACUGGCAUUUAGGUUCAAUUUUUUUCUUGUAAUUCUUAUUGCUCAAGUUUGUAUCAGGAGAUUCUGCUGUAGUUACCUACCUGCUGUCAUUAGAAGUUCUGGAGCUAUUCUGUUGCACAAGCCACUCCCUUUAGUUCAAGGCAGUUAUUUCCUUGCAUGCUUUUAUUUUUCAUGUUUGCUGUGUUUAUGUCAGAGAUAGCUUAUGCAGCUUUUUUUUUUCUUUACUGAAUUAUGACCUUCAGAAAUACAGCCUUUUUUUUAACCUUGUGGAACUUUGUGAGAAACCAGCUAUUCUGAAAUGUCAUUAGUGGUUUGUUUCUGCUAGUAGAAUGUAACACUUAUCUCAUACUUGGCUUAUGAUGUGCUGUACUUGCAAGUCUUAACAAACUUCUAGUCAGUUUUUAAUUUGUCAGGCUAGUAUUCACACUUGUGCAGCUUUCCUAAAGCAGUAAGGUAGUGCAAGAAGCCAGAAAAAAUUGUGUGGCUUUAUCGUUCUUUUCUAUUGUGAUUUAAGAGUUUUAAUGUCAUCGGUGCUGUCUCUAGCUGACGGUCCCUAAGCUCUUUUAUCUCAGUGUUUUGCUUGCACUCAUGUUCUUUCUGGACGUCUAUUAUACAUUUUGCUUUACCUCAUAAUUGCACGUUUGUUUACUGUCCAGUCUACUUCAGACAUUGCUCUGCCUGACAGGACUGCAUGGCUCAGCUAGAGAGUGCCAAUGAAAUGAUUGAAACACACUCUGAAACAGCAUCAAAACAGCAGCAGAUGAUGGUCCAGGCUACAUGGAAGAUCUAUAGGGAAAAAAAAUAAGGACCAAUUACAGAUCUUAUUCACAAGUGGUGCAUUGCAGCUGCAUUUAGUUACUAUAGCCAGUCUAGAAAGCAGCUUUUUAAUGAAAUCUUGAUAUUGCAGGGUGUCUAACAUGAGGGAAAACUUGGAAAAUCUGGAAUUUUCAGAGCAUUCGUCAGUUCUGGAAAAUUCAGGGAAGAAGCAGGGUAUUUUCACCCCACUUGCUUUGAAUCAGGGAAAUUAGUGCGUACAGUGGCCAGAAGGAAGCAAAGUUUUCAACUGAACUUAUGCAGUCAUCAAAAUAAUGGUGUCUUAAGCUGAUUUUGUUUGCGUGAGCUUGGCCAGAUGGUUGGAAUAUUGUGAAAUGCACGUUUAGUCAAACUUGGUUGUCCAUCUGCCUGAUUUACAGCUUACUGAUAGCAGUUAUUGAAAAUUAUGGGCUGGCAUAGUAGCUUGGCAAUCUAUAAACCACCAUUUUCAUCCUUGAACCUGCACCCUGCGGUGUUGUAGACUGCCAGGGAAGGUUCAAAGAAAGUCAGGGAAAACCUGGAAAAAAUGGGGAAUUUUAAAGUGUUAACAUAGUAAACACCCUGUACUAUUUAACAUGCUGCAUGUAUCUUCACUUAGGAUUGCUAAGAAAUUUAGUAUUUGUGUCAGAAUAAGUGAUCAUAGAUGGAAGCAUUAGCUGUGUUCAAGUCGCAUCCUGCAUCUGCAUAAUAUUGCUUAAAUCUGGCACUUGCAUCUCACAAUGUCAAUAUGUUAAUCUCCUAUGACUUCAAGCCAUCAAGAGGCACUCAGGCUAGUAGCACAUAGUCAUAUGAACAGAGAGCACAUUGUUGAAGUAUUGCAAAGUGUAAUAAUGUACUGUACUUUGUGCCUACUAGUAGCACUAUUUAAGGUCGCUCACAAUAAUGCAAUAGUCGAACCUCGUUUUAAUGAACUUCCACGCUGCAUGAAAAUACCUUCAUUAUACCCAUUAUUGUUAUAAGUGUACAUGCUGAUAUCAGCAAAAAAAUUGCAGUCUGUAUGUGAAAAAAAAAAGUCCAGCACGAUGGCCCAUUGACGGGCUUGCCAUUCUGAUAUAUGGCACGUGAACAAUACUAAAAUUGCAAAUGUGCUUUGCACUGUUGUUAAUGGGCAGCCAUGUGAUCAGUGUGAUCACAUGGAAUUGACAUGUUGACUUGCCUGCUGCAGGCCAGCCAAGCCAGGACAUUGGUCACAAUGUGCACGUCUGUCUAGAAUGUGCCAUUUCAACAUGCACUUGCUGAGUAUUUGACAUUUUUGCUUCCAGAGUAGGUCGCAUAUACUUUGAGCCCAAUUGAGUGAACGAAUCGCUUUGCUGCAACCAAUAUUGUUUAGGAUUUUACAUUCUUGUUUGAAUUAUUGCAUUAGAAUACUUAUUGAAUUAAAGCAUGGCAAACUAAUUGUUAUAUUUACUUCAUUUAAUAGUUCAAUAUAUUCAAUAAUUUGUUAUACCCAUAUUCAUUAUUAUCGAGGUUUGACUGUAUACUGGUAAGAAUGCAGCACUAUGCAAAGCUAUACGGAUGCAGUUCACAUAUAUGUAGGAAUGUUGAGAGGUCACUAUAAAAUGAACCUAUCUGUCAUCACAUGACAUACAUGACUGUGAAAAAAUGUUCUGGAUUGCUGCAAUAAAAUGCCAGACAUAAUAAACUUUAAGAACCUCAUUGAUACAAUAUAAGAUAUAGAAGAAGCACGACUGGUGCAGAAGUACUUAAUGGUUUGGGCUGAGUGGAAAAUUUGAGCUUUCAGUGCAUCUGCAAAGCCUCAAUAUAAUGCAGCUUUGAUUCUUCACUCUUCACUUUUUUACUAGGGGCCAGAAUGGGAAAAUGAGGACAUUUAAUUUCAACCACACACAUUGGCAGUACUUGUGGCACAAAAAUACUGCCUGUGCUUUCAAGUGAAGAAGCAGAUAUCAGAAUUAAGCUUUCACAUCAGUUUUCAGUCAUUAUGACACCUCAUUUGCUAGCUUUCUGAUAUCUAGUUACCCAGCAAAUGAUGCAGUGCACACACAAUAAUUUCAUAAUAUAAUUGUAUGCCAUUACAGUCAAACUGCACACUAUGGCUAUUAAUGAGAAAGUGUUUUUCAUGCUUGUUGUGGGUUUAUUGUACCUGUGGCUCAUUUGGGUUUUGAGAUUUCUUAUGGCAUUUGUGUACAAUAUAUAGUGCUACUGGCAUAUUCAUGAAAACAAUCAUUGGCUGUCCUCUUGCUGAGCUAUGCAAACUUUACUUUAGGUACCAGUUAUAAACAUGUAUUCCAAAUUGUCAUUAAUAUGCAUAGCUUAUCUGAUUGCAUGUAGGAUUUUUUUUUUCCUGCUUCUGUCUUUUGUCACUUAUAGUAAAAUUAUUUCCUCCAACUUGUUCAUAGCUUAGCACAUGCUGCUCAAGUGAUUCGUGAUUUUCCUUCUAAGGUAGAGAAAAAUGCUUGUGGCACUGGUGGGCUUGGAUAGCAGAAAUUAUUUUUGUGCAGCUGGUUCCUCAGUACUUGAUUUCUGUUGGUGCCAAAGCUUGUUUUUCUCUUGUGAUCCUGUCUUUUGUAGUAGUCACUAUGUUGUUGCAACAAUUGUUGAUGUUUCAGAUGCUGCUCCUUUAUUUCAGGACUGUACUCAAAUGUUUACAGCUACCAAAGUUACACUUGAUACCCUUUGCAUAGUCAUUUUCUCAUUAUGAAACGAACUGUGCCAUGUUUCUUUUUCUGUUUUAAGUGCCUUAGUCAUCUUUUAGUAUAGUGCAGCAAGCAUAUGAUAUUGUGAUUUUGUUUUCGCAGCCUAACGAGCCUAGUGGAACAUUAGACUAAAUGUAGCAAUAAUAGUUCCUGUCUUGCCAGAAGUGUGAGCUUUUUACAUGCAAGUGGAAUUGUGAAUUCUUAUACAUAUAUAUAGAUGUGUGUGUGUGAUGCAUGGCUUACCUUGUUUUUGCAAUAAAUUUUUUUUUAAUCAUGCA